GUUGUGGCCGCUUUCCCAAGAAGGGUCAGGCAGAUUUACUGCAUUCGCGAUGGCAAGGCGGGCGCUACGUCUGAUCAUUGUACCGGGAAGGCCUUUGAUUUUAUGUGUUCGGAUGCUGGUGGUGUCCCUACCAAAUCUGGCCGCGAGAUUGCUGAGUGGCCGUGGGUCAUGGAUAACCGGAGUACACUCAACCUCAAGUACGUUAUUUGGGGUCAGAAGAUCUGGAACCCGUCCCAGAACCAUUGGUAAGUGAUGUCUCGGCUUGAUUAAGGAUUGAAAAAAUUUGUGCUGAUGAGUUUUCUUCAGGGACCACGUUCAUGUGAGCUUCAACUAGGUGAUGUAUCUAGGUGCUGUAACCUGAGGAAGCGUUUCACAGCAUGUAUUCGUC